AUGGUUCAAAACUGGUGUUCGUAUCCGAAUCCAGCGCUAGGAGAAGAAGUUGUAAUUUGUGGUAUUUCGGGGUUAUUUCCAAAAAGUGACAACAUUAUUGAAUUAAAGCACAAUUUAUAUAAUGGUAUUAACUUGAUAUCAGAAGAUAACUCAGCCACAAAUCCUGACAUACCAAAAUAUUUGGGUCGAUUGAAUCCAAAUAAUCUUGGCGAGUUUGAUAAUCAGUUUUUUAAUAUACCAGAUGAACAAAUUUAUUCAUUGGAUCCAAUGACUCGCAUACAUUUAGAGAAAACAUAUGAGGCCAUAAUUGAUGCAGGAUUAAAUCCCGACGAUUUACGUGGAACAAAAACUGGGGUCUACACAGCGUCAUCAAUAUGCGAAGCUGACAAUGAUUGGAUUUAUACACCAGCAAAAGUUGAUGGCUACGGUGUGUUUGGAAAUAGUAGAGCAAUGUUAGCCAACCACGUAAGUCUAUGGUUAGAUUUACAUGGUCCAUCGUAUAAUUUGGAUACAGCAUGUUCAAGUUUCCUAUAUGCUGUUGAGCACGGGUAUAGAGAUUUGAGAGCUGGUAUUGUGGAUUGUGCAAUUGUUGGAACGGGAAAUUUAUGUUUGUCUGAAUUGACAACUUUACAAUUUGCACGUUUGGGUUUAUUAUCAAAAGAAGGAGCUUGUCGAACUUUUGAUGAAAAAGCAAAUGGCUAUGUAAGAUCUGAAACAAUUGGAUGCAUGGUGUUAAUGCGUGCUAAAGAUGCUAAACGUAUCUACUCGUAUAUUGUGCACUCAAAGACUAAUUGUGAUGGAUAUAAACCUCAAGGUAUUACGUUUCCAUCUGCAGAAGGUCAACACAAAUUAUUGAGUGAAUUCUAUAACGAAAUUACAAUUUUACCGAAAGAUAUUAAUUACGUUGAAUGCCACGGCACUGGUACUAAAGUCGGAGACGUAGAGGAAUGUAUUUCAGUAGAGAGAAUAUUUUGUAAAGAUCGUAAAACACCUUUAAAAAUUGGUUCGGUGAAAUCUAAUCUUGGACAUUCCGAACCAUCCUCUGGAUUGUGUGCAAUUGCAAAAUGUAUUUUGUCCAUGGAGUCUGGUUUCAUUCCACCAAAUUUGCAUUAUAAUAAACCACGGAAGGAAAUUCGAGGAUUAAUCGAAAAUAAAUUUGAAGUUGUUGACAAAAUUACACCAUUGGAUGGUGAUUACAUGGCUCUAAGUGGAUUUGGAUUUGGUGGAGCUAAUGCACAUCUGUUGUUAAAACGUUUUAAAAAAUUGAAAAAAAAUCAUGGAUACCCCUCAGAUGACUUACCUCGACUUGUUUGUGUAUCUGGCAGAACUCAAGAUGCAGUGAAUACAAUCAUCCAUGAUUUACAAAAACGUUCUAUAGAUGUGGAACACGUUCGAUUGUAUCAUGAAGUUUAUCGGAAGAAUAUUAAAAAUCAUGAUUAUCGUGGGUAUGUGCUUUUACAAAAAAGUGAGCCACGUAAUAUUGGCCAUGCAACGAAAUUUAUUAAAAAUUUGACGACACCAGCCAUUUGCUAUGUUUUCACUGGAGUAGGAAGUCAAUGGGCUGGCAUGGGCAUAACAUUAAUGCAAAUACCAAAAUUCGCGGCAACAAUGCAUAAAUUGAACAAAUAUCUAGAUCCACUUUGUGUAGAUAUUGUGAAGAUUAUUACUGAUACAAAUCCAAAAGUUUUUGAUAAUCCAUUGUAUGCAAUACUUGGAACUACAGCGAUCCAAAUUGGUUUAGUUGAUGUAUUGAAUGCAAUUGGCAUCGAAGCAGAUCAUAUGAUUGGUUAUUUCACUGGAGAAUUCGCAUGUGCCUAUGCUGAUAAUUGUUUAACUGCUGAGCAAACAAUUUUGGCUGCAUAUUAUCGUGGAUUAACAUUAUUUGAUUCCAAAAUGAUUGGGAAUUCGAUGGCUAUGAGUGAUCUUAAUUCGAAUAAGUUAUUAAAUGACUACACAAGAGAAAUCAAUAGUGAUGAGCAAAUCAAUAAAAGAAAGAGGAUGGAAAUUUCUGGUUUAGUAGGUAUGCUAAAAGAAACUGCUUCGAAAAUUUAUGUAAAAGACAUAGAAAAUAAUGUAGAAAAGCCAUUGAGAACAUUUGUGGCUGUAUUUUUGACUUUCACAAUCCCGCGAUUUGAUACACCGCGAUUUAUUCUUGAAAUAUCACCAGAUAAUUCAUUAGUUGAUAUGUUAAAAGAUGUUAUUGAUAAAAAGAAUGUUUUGAUUGAAUCACUGAUGCAAGAGAACGAUCAUGAUUUAAACACAUUUUUUAAUAUUAUUGGAAACUUGUAUACAAAAGGAUUCAAUCCACAAUUGGCAACAUUGUACCCCGAAGUACAAUUUCCUGUAAGCUGUGGUACUCCAAUGAUAGGACACACCGUAAAAUGGGAACAUUCAAGAAAAUGGCCAGUUACAGUAGAAGGCUUUAGUUGGGUCGACAAAUCGUUGGAAAAAACGGUUGUAUUCGAUGUGUCUACGCCAACACAUGAAUAUCUUACAGGCCACGUAGUUGAUGGUCGAAAUCUUUUCCCGGCAACUGGUUACUUAUCUUUAAUGUGGAACGCCUUAUCAGAAAUUGAUAGAGAAUUAUUUGAAACUAUGGCAGUGGAAUUUGAAGAUAUUCAAUUUUUACGAGCUACAAAUAUCUCCACAAAAAAUAUACUAACAUUUACAAUGAUGAUACAAAAGGGUACCGGAAAUUUUGAAAUUUUAGAAAGUAAUUCAGUUGUUGUCACUGGUCGAAUUAAGCGUUUACCUCAUUAUCCCAACAAAUUACUAAAGCUGCCCGAAGUAAAACCAAUUGUCAAUGAUACUGAUAAGUUACCGUUAAACUCACGUGAUAUUUACAAAGAGUUGCGCUUACGUGGCUACAAUUAUCAAAAGGAGUUCAAGGGCAUUAUAUCUACGGAUAAUAGUGGCUUUGUUGGGCAAAUUGAAUGGAAACCAGGCAUGUGGGCUGCAUUUAUGGAUAACAUGCUACAACUGCAAAUAUUACAAGAAGAUGCCAGAUUUUUGUAUGUACCCACAAGUAUACGAAAAUUAACAAUAUAUCCGCAUGAACAUUUCAAACAUAUCCAAGAACACGAAGAUGGUAGACAGUCAAUAACCGUCACAAAUUACAAAGAAUAUAAAGUACUACAAGGUGGAGGUAUCCAAAUUGAGGGUUUAAUGGCAACAUCAAUAAAUCGUCGAAAGCCUUUGGCUGAAGCUGUUUUAGAAAAACAAGAAUUUGUUCCAUUAAUAAAUUGUAUUUCCCAAAAAUAUACGGUUGUUGAUGCUAUGCGAAUAUUUUUCCAAAUCGGCUUAGAGAAUAACCCAAGUGUUAAAGUAAAAGUCGUUGAGGUUGAUAAUGAAGUCAACGAUAUAUUGGCACCAGUAAUUUUUGAAGUUCUAAGCGACCUACCAUUAAUUCAACCUGAUAUAACAGUUCUUUCAAGUCGAUCGUUUCAAUUGCCAAAUAAUUGUCAAGUUUCUAACAAACCAUUAGAAACUGAAUCCAAAGCUGAUUAUAUUGUGACAUAUGAUUUACUAAACAAUCCAAAUAAAUUGCCAGUCAUUGGUACUGUUUCAAAAAAUAAAGAUAGUUUUGUAAUCUCACGGGAAAAUCCGAAAACAAAAACUUGUAGUAUACCUGAUUACGAUAUAUUGUGCGAACUAUUUACUGAAAAUGAUAAACUAUUAAUGCUACGAAAAAAACAGAUAUUAAAUAUUAACAAAUCUACAGAAAUAAUAAAAAUUACAAAUGAUCUUGAAUUCCCUUGGAUGGAACAAUUACAACAAUUAAUGAAAAGUAAAAUACCCACAAUUUUAUAUUCACAAAACGAACCGAUUAGUGGAUUAAUUGGAUUGAUUAACUGUUUACGAAAAGAGUACAUAAGUAAUUCAAUUCAAGCUGUGUUCAUAAAUGAUAAGAAUGCACCAGGAUUCGAUAUCAACGACCCAUUAUACAAAAAACAAUUAGAUCUUGGUUUGGCUCUUAUAUUAAUUGCGUAA